GGUUUCUGUCUACGACUGCGCAACCGCUCUGGAGCUGUAUCGAAUGUUGCCAUUUACACCAUGUAGAUAUACAUCAGAUAUAAGUUAAAGAUGCCGACAGCAAGAAAAUGGAUGUAAGAAUCGCAUUUCUGUUUACUAUUGUUACUCUGAUGAAAGAGACACCUAUACUUUGUGAAAAUUCUUGUGAAAUCUCUGUCAAAUCUAAGAAGAUUGUCAAGUCUUGUCCUUCGAAUAGAACUGAGAUGGAAGAGUCUGCGAAAAGAUUAAACUGCCAGAAGUAUUUAAGAAUCAACAAUUGUAGCGAUGAUCCUAAUAAUAUUUAUUAUCAUUGCGUAAUAAAUGAAUCUGGAAAUAAAACCAUUGAAGUCUGUGCGCCUAAAAUUACAAUUUUUGGACAUUGUACAGAGUUUAAUGAAGAGGCUGGAUAUAUUCAGGCCAAUUAUUAUUUGGACUGUAAAAACUUUAAAGUAACACCAUGUGGCAAAUACUACGGAUCAAACGAAGCCUAUUUGUACAAAGAAUGUUAUAAUCAUACUAGAAAUGCACAAAUCUUUGGAGCGACAACACCAAAAACAAUUACAACCUCUCAGCGACCUAAAAUGAAUGAGCCAAUAAAACAGUCUCUUAACGAGGACGUUUUGGAGUCUGAUACUUCAAGUUUGGUAGAAGUCAUUGCUUGGGGUUUACUGAUCAUGGGUGUCUUUUUAAUGGUCACAUUCGUCUUCUAUUUUAAAUUAUACAGAACAGCGGAUGAAGUCAGAAAGAUUUGCAAAAACAGCCUUCCACAGAAAACUACUCAUGUUCAACAAGAACCCAGAUCAUCUCAACACAGCUCUCCUGAGUCUGCUGAAGCAUCCAGUCUCUUGCAGAAAGACACUACAAAUCAUAAUGGGGAAUAACUUACAAAGUGUCGUAUAUUUUACCUGAAAGUCAUUGAUGAUCAGUGUCGUACUCUACCCUUUAAAAAAAUGAUGAAAACAAAAGUGGACCUUUAAAAAAUUUAGAAUACUCACUGUAAAAUAGAAAAAAGGACUGUGCAUUGACACAAAGCUUCAGAAUAAUGUUUACCUUAUAGAA